AUGAUCCAGCAGCUGCGCGGCGACGCCCAGGCAGUGCUGUGGCAGGCGCUCGCUGGGCCGGACAGCGACAUCUCCAGGGAGGUUGAAAUGCGGGUGCUGGAGGCCCUCUGCAGCCUGACGGAGGAGGAGCAGCGGCGCGAGGCCGAGGUUCGGGAGCAGCACCGGGCGCAGCGGCAAGAGGAAGUGCGGCGGAUAAAGGAGCGGCUGCAGCAGCAGCUGGAGCAACUCAACCAGCAGCACCACCACCACCAGCACCCGCAGCAACAACACCAGCAGCAGCAGCACCAGCAACACUACCACCACCCAUCGCAGCAGCCGCACCCCCACCACCAAUACCACCACCAGCCGUACCCCAACAGCCAACCGCAGUAG